AGACACAACUGCAACAGGAAGUGUGCUUACUUUGCUCAACUCAUCUCUGACAUUUACAAGAAAUUUUUAGCCCCCCUAGUCAGCUCAUAGGAAGGCACUUAUCUUGGCGUUGUGCAAUAUCAUGCAAUAAAGUAGCAGUUUCCUCAGGAACAAACCUCAAUGGUGGCAACUGCCAUGAUUAGGCAUAAUCUAACAUUUAAUAUCAUCAGCUGCCAAUAUAUAUUCAAGAUUUAUUUAUACAGAAGCCAAGUAGAGCUUACUCCUCUUGUGGGUCUUUCUCUUCCUUUUCUCAGUAUUUUUCAUAAUUUAGCCCCACCCCGGUUAAAUGAUUAAGAGAAGUAACAAAGAAGCUCAGGUAAUUUAGGGCAAAACAACUGACUCAUCUGUCAUUGGUUCUUUAGAUAAGAAGUCAAACACGCAGUAAUGGCGAUCGAAUGCAUACGGAAGAGGUGCUGCUUGGCUCAACGGAGGGUUUUUAAGGGUCAUAUCAAACCAGGCUUUGUUGUGCUGGUCACAUUGACAUUAUUUUUGUCUAUUAUUGCUUAUAUUUACAUGCCAGUCACUCUCCCUCUCUCCUGGUUUAACAAUGCAAACCAAACUAAAUUAUAUAAUGUGGUGCAUGAGGGCUUGUCUGGCAAAAGAAAUUUCUGGAAUUUUCUAACUGAACAAGCUAUUGAGAAAAAACCCAUUGUAUCCAUUAGAACAGAAGACAUUUCAAUUUACCAAUAUGCAGCACAUCCACACAACUAUCAUUUCAUCCUGGAUGAACCUGAUAAAUGUAAGCAGGAUCCAUUCCUGGUCUUUAUGGUCCCUGUGGCCCCCCAUCAGCUGGACGCUCGUAACGCCAUCCGGAGCACAUGGGGGAAUGAGAGCUCAGUGCAGGGAAAAGCAGUGCUGACUCUGUUCUUGGGGUUGACUGGAGGAGCUGAAGCUCAACAGCAGCUGGAGGAAGAGAGUCGACAACACAGAGAUUUACUGCAGAGCAACUUUGUGGACUCCUACUUCAAUCUGACCAUAAAGACCAUGGUGAUCAUGGACUGGCUGGCCACUCGCUGCCCUCAAGCAACUUAUGUUAUGAAGAUUGAUUCUGACAUGUACAUAAACCUGGAGAACCUGAUGACCCUACUGUUGUCACCCAACACACCCAGACAGAACUACAUCACAGGGUAUUUGAUGUGGGACCGGCCUGUUAUCAGAGACAAAAGCUCUAAAUGGUACGUUCCAGAAGAGCUGUACCCCGAAUCGAUAUACCCCACAUAUGUGCUUGGAAUGGGAUAUGUUUUCUCCAAUGAUCUUCCUCCUAAAAUAGUGAAGGCUUCAGAAGCCGUAAAGCCCUUUAACAUAGAAGACGCGUAUGUGGGCGCUUGUCUGAAACAGUUGGUCAUAAAUCCCUCUGGCGCUCCAGAUCCUUCUCAGUUUCACACCUAUGUGAAUGAUCGUGAAAGUAUUGACCUUUCCAAGCUCAUUACAGCAAUCGCGGGGUCACCGGAGAAGGUAAUAGAGUUCUGGCAAAAUGUGAAAGGACACAAAUGAACAGAUAAACAGACGUCAUAGAGUGGUGGAACUAUGAUUCACUCAUGAUUUUUUUUUUUUUACUGUUACGUUUCUUAAAAAAGAGUGCUGCUAACAAGUUGCUUAAUGGGACUUCAGGUGCUGUCGGAGUAAUUAAUCGUCAUCACACCGAACAGUUUAUCAAUUUACAGUAUUUUCCAGUCGCAGUGUAGAAUAACCACUUUCCCGCAUUUUAUAUUGUUGUUCGACAAUGUUUUUUUGUUUUGCCCUGAAAUGCAACACACGUCUUCAGAUGGAAGAUGAUCGUUUUAUCGCUUUCCUACUGAUGCGGAGACUGGGUUCAUAUGGUAAACUCAUAUAUUACGAUUAUUCCAUGUAAACACCACAUUUACUGGCUUAGUCACAGUGAAAGUGAAACUUUAACGAUGCAUAGUGCUUUAAAGCCACGUUCAGUUUAAAUGUUUACGGCCACAUGAAAAUCAUACAGAUCAAA